AUGACCUGGUGCAGAGGAAGGCCAAAUGACCCCAUAAAGGCUCGGUUAAAAGAACAUCCGUAUCGCAUAUGCAUAGCUGCGCGUGCGCAGUCCUGGAAGCGGGUGCGUGUGCCACAAUGCAGCGGAAGACCGCCGCCCCCGGCAGCUGACAUUGCCAUCUUGAGACUGGUUUCUAAUGAACGCGGAUUUGUGGACCUUUAUAAAUGCAAUGAAGACGACGGAGAAACAGCAAACAAUGAUGAAAACGCUGCUGGAAGGAAGGUUUGGGCUGCAGACAGCCAGGAAUCUGGCAGUCCACCUCCAAGCCCGUCCGAAUCCACCGCAUCAGAAACAGCACCCACCCUAGUCCACAUCAAGCAGGAGAAUAUGGUCCCCGGAAUCGAUAGCAAAGAGUAUUAUGGGACUGACUUUGGUCUCCCGGACACUUACCUACCUCAGAACUUCGCGGACUACGGACGGUUGUACAGACCACUGGAUAUUCCCAGCAGAGGCUUCCUAGACCACGUAUUGAAGAUUCCGAAUGGAAAAGACGAUGAGGGAAAGGAUGACAGCCUAUCAGAGACUUCAGACUUCAAUUUGCCGUCUGAAUUGAUAUUUAAAUCUGGUGGUAUUUAUGCCAGGAUGAAUGUCAGCAGCGGUACCAAGUAUGGACCGUUUAAUGGAAAAUGGGAGACGCAGCCACUGGACAGGAGAUACGCGUGGGAGGGCCGGAAGCAAUACUUUUUCCUGCUGAUAGCGAAGACAAGCGAAGGAAACGCGCUUCCUCACCGCACAAACGUGGACACGGCUAAUGGAAAAACUGGGGUGCUCGGAAAAAAUGGUGUUCGUGGCUGGUUAGACGGGACAACGGACAAGUCAAAUUGGCUUAAAUUCGUCCGGUCUACAAACUACACACAUGACGUGAACGUCCAACAUCUCCUAUUAGCUGGACAAAUUUGGUACAAAGUAACCCGUGACAUUUCAUCUGGACAAGAAUUACUAUUAGGCCCCAGAACGCCGUUACCAUUGCAAGAUGUGCUGGCUGCUGGCGGUCGCGAAGGUUCCAGUGUUAAUUCAUCAAGUGGAUCGCAAGCUCUCACUGAAGACGAAGAACGCGAAGAUACGGAACCCCGCUGCUCCUUCUGUGAUGCACCUUUUCCUAACAUUGACGCACUCGAUCGUCACCUAAUACAAGCGCACGCGCAGCCGGCAGCCGCUUAUCAUUGCGAGCUUUGCAACCGAGCUUACAGUUCACGGGCCUUACUACUUCGACACAGAGCCCUAACCCAUACUGAUAUUAGAAAAUAUCCCUGCGAGAAUUGUCCUAAGGUAUUUACCGAUCCUUCCAACCUCCAGCGACACAUACGCGCUCAGCACGUGGGAGCUCGGAGCCACGCCUGCCCCGAAUGCGGGAAGACCUUCGCCACUUCAUCCGGUCUGAAGCAACAUACGCACAUACACUCCAGCGUGAAGCCCUUCCAGUGCAAAGUCUGUUUUAAGGCCUACACGCAGUUUUCCAACUUGUGUCGACACAAACGAAUGCACGUCGCCUGCAGAGCUUUGGUGGAAUGCCAGAAAUGUGGCCAGUCCUUUACAUCAUACGCAUCACUCACUAAGCACAAGCGUUUCUGUGACACCGCUUCUGCAGCCAACGUCAACUUGCGAGGACAGCUGCCUCAAGGAUUAGCUCAAAUAUCGCCAAUACCCAACGUCAUGAAUACGCCAAAUAGUACAAAUCCGUUCCCCAUGUAUAGGCCCUCAUUGCCUCUUCCAUAUAAUACCUUUGCUCACUACCCGGCAUUAUUCUCAGCGGCAGCUGCUGCCUGUCCUCCAGAGUUCCUGAGCCCCCUUCUUUUUAAUGUUCAGGGAGCUAGACUGGCCAUGGAACAAGAUAUGGCUUACAACGCUAAUUUAGUUGCUAAACAACAACAGGAAGGACGAAUGUCUGUCAAAAGUGUUGAUAGUUCAGCGUCUGUUGAAGAAGUUAAGAAAACGGAACCUGACGUUGAUGUGAUUCAGAAGGAUGAUAGUGAGCGAGUGACACCAAAACCGCAAAAUCCUUACCUAAAACAAUCUCCUGUCGAAGAAAGUGGCUCCAAAAAUUCAACAAUUAUGUCGUUAACUCAAUCACUGGCGCCGUUUAAUUACUCUAGAGAUAAUAUCAAACACAGUCCAUACAAUCUGUCAUUAAAGUUAAACAACAAUGACAUUACCGAAACAAAACCUUCUUCGCUGUCCCCAAAAGAUUUGUCAAAGUCUGUUAAGAAUGUCGAGAAGAAAUCGGAAUAUUCAGAUGAAGACAUGGAUUUGAAGAAGGAACAAAACGACCAGCCACUGGACUUAUCGAUAACACGAAAAAAUGACAAGGAAUCCGAACCGGAGAACGACGAUCGUUCCUUUCGUAACUCGUCCGUCAAGUCGUACUCCCCACCCGAGAGUCCCAUGGAAAGAGACACAAAGACUCCAGAAAAUGACACAACUGACGUCGACGUAGAGGCCGUUGAGCCAAAACGGGAAGACUCUCCGCAGAUCGUAUCACCACCUCUGGCCUUUCCAAUGCCAGUCCACCCUCAGCAUAACGCUAGUCUUAUGGACAUGUACCGACCACGAUUCCCUCCAUUCCAGACACCUGAUUCGAUCUUGAAUUCGCAUUCUCCCUACGUCCCGAGUCCGUUUAAUUUUUUAUCCCCACUUCUUGGUACUGACGGGCCAGAAAGGCAACCAAACUAUGCAAAGUUCCGAGAACUGAGUGCCGGAUCUGGGAAGCUCCGAGAUAGAUACGCUUGCAAGUUUUGUGGAAAAGUAUUCCCUCGCAGCGCAAACUUGACGCGUCAUCUUCGAACCCACACUGGGGAACAACCAUACAAAUGUAAAUAUUGCGAGCGAUCGUUCUCUAUAUCGUCAAAUCUGCAAAGACACGUCCGUAAUAUACAUAACAAGGAGAGACCCUUUCGCUGUCCACUGUGCGAUAGGUGUUUCGGUCAGCAAACGAACUUGGACAGGCAUUUGAAGAAGCACGAAGCUGAGGGUGGGGAUUCCCCCAGCUCAGCGGACACCGAACAAGAUGCGUGUUUCGAUGACAUCAGAUCCUUCAUGGGCAAAGUCACGUGUUCCCCGGGAGCGAGGUCUGCUGCGAACUCGCCGCAUACACCCCACCCGUCGCACCCCUCGCAUGCCCCACGUCCCCCUCUUGCGAUAUCCACCUAG